AAUCAGGUGUUAAUGUUAACGUCACCUGGUCACGUGGUUUGCAUUGUAAGGAACCAACACAACUUUGUUGCCGUACAAAACCAAUAUGGCGUUUACUGUGGACGUUAACGUUCGAAUAUGUGGGCAAGAAAUUAUAAAAUAUGACCUGGAAAUUAAGGCUCUUAUUCAGGACAUCAGGGAUUGCCCUGGACCUCAGUCGGCGCUCGUCGAGCUCAAUUCUCAGGUCAAAGAAAAGUUGACCAAGCUCAGACUCAGAAUACAGGAUCUGGAGCAGGUGGCCAGAGAGCAGGACAGAGAGACGGACAGACAGGCCAUCCAGGCAGAGGCAGAGAACCAGUGGAGGCAAAUGCAGAGUAACCAGACAGCAUGGAGGAAAGCUAACCUGGCUUGUAAACUGGCCAUAGACAACAUGGAGAAGAACAAGCUGCUACAUGGCGGAGAAAACCAGAGCACCAGCACCAGACAGAGGAAGGUGACCAAAGAAAGCCUCGUGGAAACUAGUAGCAAUAUCACAGAGAGCCUGAUGUCUGUCAGCAGGAUGAUGGCUGAACAAGUGAAGCAGAGUGAGGACACCAUCGGCGUCCUGGGCACUUCCUCCAGGACAGUGCAGGAAACCAACGAGGAGUUCAGGAGCAUGACAGGAACCAUCCACCUGGGCAGGAAGCUGAUCUUCAAGUACAACCGCCGGGAGCUGACAGACAAGCUGCUGAUCUUCCUGGCUAUGGCCCUCUUCUUCGCCACCGUCCUCUACAUUCUGAAGAAACGUCUCUUUUCCUUCAUUUAGCCCAUGGACUAGCUUGCUCUCCUCCUUAAGGAGCGCACACACCUGGACUUCAGGAAAGCUGUUUUCCAGUUACUUUACUCUGCAACACUGGACUGCUGCAUGUAGUGAAAACGUUUGGCUGAUGUACUGUUGGAUUUAAAGCCUCAGACAAACAUGGUCAUACAACCCGUUGUUCAGUACUGUGAAUGGCUACACCAUGGUGCCUCCACUAAGAGUGCUGCAACCUUUGAGUAACUGUGAAGAUGUGCUUUUCCACUGACAAUUUCCUAGGAACUAAAGUCCAAGCACUGGCUCUCGAGUAAAAGUCCUUCAAGUGCAUUGCGAUUCAGAUUUCCACAGCAGGGCUAAAGCCCUGGGAAUACUAAACAAAUUGACCGCCCGUGUAAGAGCAUGAUGGUUGUCUGCGGGUUGUAGGAAUGCUGCACUGUAGGCAUUAUCCUGAUACUUCUUGGACCUUCAGCAAGUACUGCCCCCCCCUAUGGAAGUAAAUCUCUGCC